UUACCUUAACCCUGCUCCUGGAUGUCUGCCAGUUAAAAUUUGGAUAAUAUGAGCAUGAGUUAUUGCUUUUGUGGUAUUUGCCACAUGGUUUUCCAAUAUAUGUAACAGAUGUUAUGCUGAAAAGAAAGAUGAAGGAUGCAACUCUUCCAUUUUCCAGGAUGCUUACAAGUUUUGGCUAUGACAGUAAAAGAAGAAUUUGUGCAUAAGUUAUUGACACCUACGUCGAGAUGAAACUCUAGAUAGAAGAAUUAUAUUCGAAUGACCUACUUGCCGAUAAGCAAGCAUCAGAUGUGCUUUAUAGGAUAAAGUUUCAUGGCAGUAAAUUCGUAAACGCAUCAGAACACCGUUUAACUGUUCUAAAAUCUUACAAGAAAGAUUUGAGAAAUUCGGCUCAAUCUGGCAGCCUGGAUUGCACAGGCACUAGUGUUAGUAUGUGCCAAGAAAACGACGGAGAAUAUCUCACCUGAUCACCUUGGGUCACCAGGUGAUAACGCCUUGGAAGGAUACCGAACCGUGGUUCGUUUGUGCAACAGAUUAAUGUAACAUCCAGUGCUACCUUUCAAAAGUGCAUUUUCCAGGAUAGGCCAUUGCCAAAGCACGGAUGACGAUAAUGAAUCUGGUGUGUGGUGGCAGCCAUUUAAACUAGACAGAACUAAUCAACUAAACGACGUGCAGGCGAUUACGGUGUGGUCACGCUGCCACCAUUAGUAGCGACACCCACCCUGAUUUCCCUCGGUCGUACGUCCACAUCGAAAUCGAUCGGGACAUCAUCAGCACCGGUCGAGAUAGCACCAUCCAGAAGGGUCAGUGCCGGCGGUGGUGGAGGCGCAGGAGGAGGAAGCGGCGGAGAAGCAGGUAGCGCUGGCAGGAUUAGAGCCAGAAGCAGACGUCUACUCCUGAGAGCCCGUACCGGUGGAGUCUUGGGAGGGACCGGACGAUUCCUGCCGACCCGCACUGACCCAAACAAUCGCUCGAGAAUCAUCCAGCAGCAACAGCGACAACGACGGAGGAGACGGCGGCGCCAAAGUGGACAGCUACAGCCAGCAUUCGGUAACGAAGCUGGUCUCAACCGUGAUCAUCCGGCGGUGGUUUCCGCACCGAAAAUGGUCAUAGCAUCCACUGGUCAUGGCAGCAAUGGAAGUAGCGGCGCAAGUGUUGACUGUUCAAAUCAACAGCAUACGCGGAAUUCGCAGCAACAGAAGCUGCAACUCGUGGCCGCCACCGGGAUGACCCCGAAGGAACUGUCCGACAAUGACGAUCUGGCCACCGGGCUAGUAUUGGAUCCGAUUCUUGGCUUCCAGACGCACAAGAUGAACCUCAAAUAUCGGCCGCUGCGGGUCAACACCGAUCCGAUCAAGGACAUCAUCGAGGAGUUUAUCCGGUCCCAGAACUACGCCAAGUGCUACCAACAGCUGAUGAAGGGCAACUGGAUUCCGCGGGCGAUUCUGAACAAAAACAAGGUGGCCCAAAAACGGCUGGAAGCGCACAUUUAUCGCUACCUUCGCGUUUUCGAUCGGAACGCCGGUUUUGCCAUCGAAGCAUGCUACCGGUACUCGCUGGAGGGUCAAAAGGGCGCCAAAAUCAGCUCCACCCGACGUUGGAUGAAGAACGAGAAAAUCGAAUGUCUGGUCGGUUGUAUCGCGGAGUUGACGGAGAAGGAGGAAGCCAUGCUACUGCAACCGGGCAGCAACGAUUUCUCGGUGAUGUACAGCUGCAGGAAGAACUGCGCCCAGCUGUGGCUAGGGCCGGCGGCCUACAUCAAUCACGAUUGCCGCGCCAACUGUAAGUUUGUGGCAACCGGCCGGGACACGGCCUGCGUCAAAGUGCUGCGCGAUAUAGAAAUCGGCGAAGAGAUUACCUGCUUCUAUGGGGAGGAUUUCUUCGGCGAUAACAACCGGUACUGCGAGUGUGAAACCUGCGAACGCCGAGGAACCGGAGCAUUUGCCAAGGACAAGAACGGCGAAGAGCAGAGUCCAAAUGGGGUACGGUAUCGUUUGAGGGAAACCGACAAUCGGCUGAACCGAUUGAAAAGUAAGAAUAAUUCCAUGCAAGAUAGUGGAUCUACCACUAUCGGAAAAAGUGAAUUACCAACUGAACUCGCGGCACUCAGCAUGAAAGAGCUGCGCGAGAAAGGUAUGACAAAAUACGACGCAGAAAUGCUGCUAGCUCAGCAGAAACCUGCCUUCGAAAGUAACUUUCAUGCCCCGGUCGAAUCUGAAACGGCUUCAAAAAAUACCAAACAUCCACCACGGGAAGACAAAAGAUCAAAGCCAGAUGACACAACAACACCCGCAGAAGCGCCGAGCGAAAAACGAGCCACUCGAUCGUCCAGGCGAUUUCAAACCCCAAGCGACGAGAAGAAGCAACCGAAUUCGCCGACAGUAACGGAAGAAGCGGCCACACCAGUUCCUCCAAAAACUACCCGUAGUCUUCGGCCUAUGCGAGAAAACGGCUGCCGACGAUACAGCAGCAACAGCAGUCUCAAUACGGAUAUUUCCAGUAUUCUUUCAUCGACAUCAUCCUUUGUGACCGCCAAAUCUUCGGUUCCGACUGCUGCAGCGCGAAAAAUGAUGCCACAAGACCUCACCAGUAACAGUAAUGGCAGCAGUAGGGGUAAAAGUGAAGACGACGUUAUCGUGAUUCUGGAUGACGAUCACAACAGCAAUCAUUCUUUUGUCAGCAAAAGUAGCUGCAGUGGAAUGUCGUCGUCAACCAUGGAACGUCCCUUGAAGGCGAUCGCGCCGGAUGAUAGCGUCUAUGUGUUCAAUGAUCUCCUGGAAAGUAACAGUUUGGCGGCUGGUUGUACCUUACGGAAUCACCAGCGUCAAUCGUUUCCGGCCACAGCAGAAACGGCAACUGUGACACGACCGAUCAAGCGACGUUCUGCGAUCAACAACCGGUAUUCGAUUCCGGAAGGAAUGAGUCCCCGUGUGACCAGAGGGAAACAGCGUAUGUUGGAUCGAGCUUCAACACCUGCACACGAUGAAAGCAAAAGCAAUCCAACAAAAUCACUGCCAGAGAAUGGUGUUGGACGAGAUUUUAUGAGAAGACGGUCGAAUACUCCGACAACGACGACCGGCGGCAAAGGUUUGGAUUCUAAAAUGGACAUCGAUCUCACGCCCGGAAGUGAUGACAGUGCAAAUCGAGGCCACCGACGGAAGCAGAAGCUACAGAAUAGGAUCAUGCAGGAGGAUGAGGAAGCAGCCCUUGAAAAACAGGUCGCCGAACUCGAUCAACUGCAGGGUCGAACGACGAGGGGUUCCCUGUUGGGGGGCGAACGCGCCCUUCCUCGUAGGCUUCUGCUCGGUGGUCCAGCACCUGCCGAAGAUGACGAGGACGAUGUGAUCCUGUCGAAAGUAGUUGUAACCAAUUGUGAUGAUAGUAGCGAUAAGUUAUUGAGGAGUAGUAGAAGCCGACAUGAAGAUGUUAUUGUUCUAAGCAGCGGCAGUAGUAGUUGUAGUGAAAGUAAUAGUGGUAAAACUAAUGGUAGGCAUUCUAGCGCUAGUGUAGGUAAAAGUGAUCACAGUGACAAACUGGCGAACGGUGGCGGUGAACGGUUGGCCUCGAAGACGGUGAUUGGUUCGCGGAAGCGCAAAAUAUCCAAAAGUGUCAGUGAGUCGGAGAGUAGCUCGAGCUGGGAAAAUAAAGUGCCCCAGCAACAUCAGUCCGGUUUGAACAACAUUCCACCGAAUCACGAAGCGCUUAUGAAGACGCCCGAACGGCGGCUGAAAUUGACGCUACGCAUGAAGCGCAGUCCAGUGAUAGACGAAAUCAUUGAAUCCGGUACGAGUUUGAGUGAGGACACGUGCAGUACCAACAACUUCAAGCCCGAAUACGAAAUUCUCCGAGUGGAAGGUAUAGCAGAAGAAAGUGAAAAGGAGGAAGACGAAGAGGAUGAUUUGGAAGACGGUGACGAUGAUGAUGAGCUGGAUGACGAAUUGACGUACAGCAGCAGCUGUAGUAGUAGACUGUCCCAGAAACGCAAGAAACGACAUAAAUCCAAAGAAGCUCGACGUCAUCGUAAGCGAGCAAAGCGUGAAUUACGUCGUCACAACCACCAUCAUCAUCACUGUCUCCAGCAGCAGCAGCAGCAAACUCCGCCGCAACAUUCGCAGCCGGCACCAAGCCAGCCUUCUGUUAUACUGCAACCUUCGGCGCUGAGCUCGGUCACUGCGGCUGUAACGGCGGCAGUUUCCUCCAACCAGACACCUCCAAAGAACUCGCCAAGUGCAUUUCCAGCCCCCACCAAACGAUUACGACUAAUCUUUGGCAAUGAAACCCGUACAAUCGACAUUCCAUCGACAGCCAAGCUGUCCGCUUCGUCGUCUCCUUCAACUUCCGGCUCGCUGCCUCUUUCGCCAGCAGUCAGUUUAACGCCAAAUAGCAACUCCAGUCUCGGUUUCAUCAACAACACCCCCGGAGUCAUCGUUAGCCCUACACGAAACCUCACGUCUCCGCCCUUUCCGAGCAAUACCUUCAACGGGUAUGCUGUCAGCACCUUCUCAAGAUCUCCCCAACCCCAGCAGCAGCAGCAAUCUCAACUGCUUUUCGCAAACACCCUCAACUCAAUGUCGUUCCUUCAGCACAACAACCCCCUGGCGCAGUCUUUCCAAAAUCACUCGCACCAUAAUUUGUUCAACUUCCAACCUAGCAGUAACAGCUCCCAAAGCCCUUCAGAAUCCCUCAAGCCCUUUCGUCAGCAACAACAGUCCCCUCACCAAGCGCUGCAGCAUAAUGUGAUCCAGCACACGGCUCAAUUGCUGGGGGGCAAUCACCACACUCCGCACAGAUUCGGCGAACUAUCGCAACUCUCACACCACCAUGUCGUUUCUGGAUCGACAACAGUCAACGCUAGCGGGGGGAUAAUGGUAGGACCCGGUGCCGUGACGGCCUCGAACAGUGGCAGCAACACCUCUGCUGGCUCGUCCAGUACCCCUACCAAAUGCAGUCCCUACCAGCAGCUGACGGCCCUAACCUCCAGCCAACCUGGGGUGGCCACCUUUAACUGACGGCUGAACGGGUCCGGGACGGAACGGGCAAAGUUCUAGAACCGUGUGUCUGGUUGGAGGUUUUCUGCUGGGAUUUAUGUGCUCAGAUUGUUGAUUGGCUUUGAUUGAGUUACUUAGUACAAUUUAUUUUUAAAUUAUGCUAUUAACAUAAUGGUUGCUUCUGAAAAUAUUUCAUGAUGAAAUAAUCUACCUAAUUAUGUUGAUUUUUUUUUCUAAUGGCAAUAUUAGAUGUUCGAGAAAUUUAAGACUGAAUUUGUUAAAGCACUUUUUUCAUAUCUUCACGUUAGCUUUCUCAAUGUUGAGGUUAAAAAUGUGAUAAGCUGUGUGAUUUUUGAUAAACAAUAAUUUUCAAUUUGCUCCCAUUUAAUUCUCAUCGGAAUUCUUUUGAUAAAAAAUAGUAACUCAACUAAAGGAAACCAACAAAUUGAACGCACAAACUCCAUCCUGCAAUCGUUUUUAAUCGGUUUAAUGAUUUCAAAUCCUCAGGCAGCGGCAGACGAACCUUCCUGCGGGCACUUUAGGAGUUUUUGAUUGAUCGAAAAAAGUGAACUGAAAACGUUCGAAAAUGGACACGUUAAUAACACUACCGUUUCUUAACUCGCCAGCAAACUCGAGUCACUGUGUUCACCGUUACUAAUAGUAAUCGCAUGCGAUUUAGCAAACAAGUAAAAGUGAAUUUUACAAAGAAAAAUUAGAAAAAAAAACAAGCGCUUAAUUCUUACUUUCAUACGUUAGGUUAGGAACAUCCACAGCUAUUUCAGCAGUAUAAAACUGAAAGUUUAAACAUGGUUGGUGGGGAAAAUAUUGCCACCAAAAAUACAAAACACCUCCCCCAAAGCCGUGUGUUUUUUCCUAUGCGGCGGUGAAAUUUAUUUCAAAUAAAUUAUUUUCGGUUUUCCGCUUACAGUUUCUUUUGUGGAACGUUUAAACAGAACACAUGUCGUUUAUAAUUAUUCAUACCUUAAAGGAUUAUCAUUAUUGUAAAUAUUUGUCAUCCCCCCAUUUUAUAUGUUUAAUUGGAAACAAAAAAUUAUAAUAAAAAAUAGCAAGUAUCAAAAAAGUAAUCCCCUAGAAAAACGAAACUACGACCGAACGGUUCAAUGUGUUCUUAAUUGUGCAUAAUGCUAUCGAUAGGUGAAUGCUAUAGGAAAGCAAUUGAAAAUUGAUCGAUGAAUCAUCUCGAGUAUACCACACAGAUCCGAUUAUUCCAAACUGUUUGUUAACCCAACUGUUUUGUUUUUAAGGUACGCUACUUUCCCACCGUUCUUUCGUUCGGUUGUUUAUGAUUUCUUUUUAAGUUUCACUUCAUUAUGUUUGAUCCUACGUACUCUUGCAAGAAAAAAACCAGUUCACUUUUUUGCAUAUCAUUGCAUUUAAAACCUUUCUCUCUCCGGCUGCAUUAGAAAAAAAUUGUUUGAUUCAAAUCAUCACCAGGAGGAGGGACUCAGGAAAGUCCUAGCAAGACUCAUUAUCCCACACUCAAUUGAAAGUAAAUUAACUCAGCAUGCCCGAUUCAGCAACUGUUGAUCUUAGAAUUUCGAUUAACAAAUCUUACUGCCACGUGUUGAAUAGUAACUUGCAUUCUGUGGAAACAACAACCGAAUCAAAAGAUACGUUGCGAGUGGUCCCUAAGAACUUUAAUCUUUCAUAGGCAAUGAUUCGGGUUGCGCUUCAUCAGGCUACUGACAGAUUAUUCGGUUUUUCAUUGCCUUUCAGCUAAGUAAAACAAAAAAUAUCCUUUGAAGAAUAUAACCAAACCCUCUACUAGAGAUACAUAUGUAGAUAGCAGCAUCGAAGAUGGAUUUGAUUAAAGAUUAAAACAAGCCACUUAGAUAGGAUUUAGCAUAUUGGACAAUGUUGUAGGGAUGUGUACAGUUUUUGUAACGCCAGCCAGCCGUUUGUUGACAAACGCGCACUCUCGUAGAAGUAUACAGCAGAACCCAUUAAAAAAACAAAAAUCUAUUAGUACACCUCCAAUUGAACCUACCUAAGAAUAUAAUAGAGACGUUAGAAUUGUAAUACAACUAUGUAUUUGAUAAAGCCACAAGAGUGAAUGUUAUGGACAUGAAAAACUGGAAUAUCCGGUCCCUAUGAAAAAAUCAGAUGCUAAAGAUUGCCUCCUCCUUCGAGAAAAAAAACAGAUCGUUCUAUGCAAGCGCAGCACUUUCAACAAUCACCUCAAGUUCCCCGUUACUUCCCAAGAAAUAAAAGCUGAUAGAAAUCAUUAACACUAACAGAAGAAAGAAUUACAAUAAAAAAACAAUAUAACGGAUGAUAAGGAAGCGGAAAGUAAUGCGACAAUUAAGAUGUUAAUGCACAGUGUAUGUAAAAUAGUGUAAGAAUUACUGCAGGCAAGCAUACCUAUAUUAAAAGAUUAUUUUGUGAUAACCAGGAAAACCGUGAAACGAUUGAUGAAAAAGAACAAAAAAGUUGACCGGCAUAGCAUCAACUGUCUUGUCAAAUCUGUUACUAAGAAGCUGCGUAUUCUGCGAAUCCAUUUGUCCCUAUUUUUCAACCGUUCAUUUGAAACCUAAUUGGAACGAAAAAGUUCAGUACACACUUGAAUUUUUUGCGGUCUUAAUGCAUUGAAGCAGAUCCCUGUAAUAUAUGGAGCAAGCGAAAUCUUAACAAAUAAAGAUAACAAUAAACACAUAAGAGAGCAUACACUCGUACACAUACACAAACACCCACAAAUACACUGCUGCUAAUGAAAAGUCAAACAGGCAAACAAACUAAACAAGAUAGACAUUGUGAGAGUACAUGCCACGUGUGCAUAGGAAAAUAAGAAGCAGUUAAUAUUGUAAUAAUACAACUGGAAACAAACAGAUAAACAAAUAAGUAACAACUCUAGUACUAAACAAACAAAUACUACCCCUUGAAAGGGUAUAAUGAUUAAUGCAAAUAUGAGAAAAACAAGAUGAAGAAAAAAAAACAAAAAAUAAACAAUGCCACUCUUUUCC